AUGGCAAGCUUCAGGAUUUUGCUUCCUCUACUCCUUCUGGGGUUGAUUGAGGUUAAAGCUACUGAAGUCCGAGGGCUUUCCUAUUUCGACGCCCUAACAAUUGCUAUGAGCUAUUUCAAUGGAAAGUCUGAGGAGAAGAAUGCCUACUGGAUAAGUGCAAUUGAGCCCCAAUUGAAGUGGGAUGACAAAUCCAAAGAACCUCAUUAUAUGGGUUUCACUAUACAAGAGACUGAAUGCCUGAAAACAGAAACCCGAACUCCUAGCAGAUGUGACUUAAAAAAAGAUGGGAAAGAGAAGUACUGUCAGGCAGCAGUCAAAUUCAUCCGUGAUGGUGAAGCUGAAGUUUCGAUCCACUGUUCUCCAGUGGCAAGUAACACGAUGAUCAAAAGAACAAAAAGAGGAAUUUCAAAAUUUCCCAAAAUUCCCAAAUUCUUGACAAAAAUCAUCAAAGGUAUUUUCACCCAUGCCAUUUCUGAAGGUGUUACCCAAAUCGCGGAAGCAGUGCAUGAAGCUAAAAAAGAUAAAAAAGUCACUAAAGCACCGGGUAGGAACUAA